AUGGCCUUUUCCUCAACAACGUCACCUACAAAACAAACAUUAUCCCCUCAAGAACAAGAACCUACUUCAAUAUUACCAUUAACCAUAAGAAAAGGAAUUACCAUCAAUGCAAAUGUACAAAAUACAGAUAUUUACAAUACUACGUUGAAUCAUCUUAUGUACAAUGGCGUUAAACUAUCAGCAGAUCCCAGAGAAAAGAACGAAGAGGGACUAGACUUGUAUGCAUGGCAACUUAGGGCUACUCAUUUCUCGCUUUUCAAACAACUACAAACAGCCCGUAAGACACUGACUACACACGACUGGAUGCUUGCUAGAGAUGAAUUAAAAUCUGUAAAGACCAUUCAAAAAAUAGAAUCAUUAAAGAAAAAGAGUCUGUGGAGUUUACGUCAAUUGAAGAAACACAGAGCUUUGCCACGCCCAAAGACACACUGGGAUUGUAUGAUAGAUGAAAUGAAAUGGAUGCAUACUGAUUUUAAAGAGGAGAGAAAGUGGAAAAUGGCAAUGGCUUAUGUGUUAUCGCACUCUGUCAUGGAAUGGCAUGUUGCAGAAGACAAGUCAACUGUCUGUGUAAAGACACGUAUUCCAGAACCUAAGAGUCUACCAACACCUGAGCCAAUGGAAAUGGACAGCACUGUGGCUGUUGAACCAAACUUGGACGAACAAUCAGAUCUCAUGAUGCCUGCUUCAACAGUCGAUCAGCAAGUAGGCAACCAUGAUAAGGCGGACACAGCAGAUGAGUCUUCUUCUAUGCCUACCACACCUCACCUUCAGCCUGCAAACUUAUCAUCUGAAAUCAUUCAAAACUAUCGCAAUAUCAUGAAGGACUAUGAUCCCAACAUGCCUAUCAUGACUUUGCCUGUUGAAGAAUUUGGUGAAUUCGAUGCAACUGUCCUGUUUCCUGACCUGUUAACUUAUGAGCCUCCUAAUCCUCAAUUCAAUGACUUGUAUUUUAAUGAAGCAGAAUUUGGACGAAUUACACCUAUCUCAAAACUCACGACACAUCAAGUUCAUCUGAAAUCACCUCUGUCCUAUAGUCGCAAACGAGACAGUCGAGGCAAUUUAAUUGAAACACAACAAGAAGAAAUCAAGCCGUUGCCUCGACAUGAACGCUAUGAUAAUACACCUAUUGUUUCGCUGUUCUCACCCAAACGACAAAAAGAUGCUCCUCCUCAACAACCUGUGCCUCCUCAACCAUCGCAUCGUUCAUCACACUCAGGUCAUUGGUCUGAAGACGACGAUGUUUGUUUGAUCACGUUUAUCAUUCAAUACUCUUUCAAUUGGGAGCUUAUUGCAGAUGCAUUCAAUGCUGCUCGGCUUUCAAUCACAGGAGAAAAACGUACACCUUGGGAGUGUUAUGAACGCUGGAGACGCAACAACUUGACUUCUUUAUCUGGGCAAGUUAGCAUGGCCUACACGUCCAAAUUAAAACGUGAGCUCAAGAGCAAGCCAGUCGUGGUUCGUUUUGAUUCGCCUCAAAAACGUCAGCGACAAUACAAUAUGUUUGAAGCUAUCAAAAAGACACAAAAGAAACGUGAAGAAGCUGAAAAGAAUGUUGCAUCUUCAUCUGCACCUCCUCGUCAAACAAUCGAAGUGCAUGGUACAAACAGUGCUGGGCAGCGUCUACCCACAGCCAUGGAAAUGAGUUUGCAUAAAGCACAACGCGAACGACAGAUGGCACAAGCUGUACUUGAACAAAGGCAGUUGUCAGCAGCCAUCAGUCUAGGUUCGCAACCCAAUGGUAUUCCACGACCUGCCAAUACGACCGUGGCCGCUGCUGCUGCUGCUGCCGCCGCCGCCACAACUAACACAGCGAUACCUGCACAACCUCAAGUAUCCCAAGCACGGCCUUCUAUGUCUACCGCUACGUCUGCCGCUGCCAAUGUGACAGCACAAGCACGGGCUGCUGCUGCUGCGAUUGCAAGUACCUCUUCUCCAACCACACAAAAUGCUGCUAGACCUCCUCAACUUCCCAUCGCACAAAACACCAAUGUGGCUGCAGGCCUGCCACUGAAUAGAUACCCAGCUGCUCAGCUUCAAUUACUACGACAGCAACAAAUGGUCUUGAUGGCUGCUGCACAACAACAAGCUCAGGCUCAGCAACAAGCUGGACAAGCACGUCCUCCUUCUCCUGCUGUCAUUCAAAGGUUUGCAAGUGCAUUACAAGCUUCUCAACAGCAACAGCAGCAAUUACAGCAAGCACAGGUCCAACAACAAGCACAAUUGCUUGCUGCUCAACAGCAAUUAGGUCAACAAUCUUCACCACAACAGCAACAAGCUCAAGUGCAGCCACCACCACAACCAAAACAAACAGAAGCUACGACUCAGUCUCAAAUAGGUUCACCAAAUGUUGUCCAAAGUCCUCAACAACGUCCUGCUUUACAAGCUGUACCUCAAACACAACAAUUACAACAACAACAACAACAACAACAACAACAGGCAGCCAUCGCUGCUCAACUUCAAGCAGCACAAAGUAAUCCUCUUGUAUUGGCAGCACAAUUGGCUCAAAUGGGGUAUCCUAUUUCUCAAUUGCCUGCCAAUCAACAACUUCAAAUACAGCGUUAUUUAGCUCAACUUCAAGUGAGAAAUGCCGCUAUGGCAGCAGCAGCAGCAAACAAUAGUAAUGGUACAAGUGCUACUGCUAGUCCUGUCAUGACUCCUCAGCAGCAACAGGCAAAUCCUAAUGUAAAUAAUUUGCAAGCUGCUUUACUUGCUCAACAACAGCUACAAAGACUACAACAAAUGCAAGCACUUCAAUUACAACAACAACAACAACAGCAACAGCAACAGCAACAGCAACAGCAGCAACAACAGCAACAACAGCAAACACAAGCGCAAGUUUCUCCUCAGCAAAACCCUCCCCCUUCUUCUUAG